AUGAACAUGAAUCCGACUCCGCGCUCCUCCAUUACUACUCUUGACGCGACACGUUCCUCACCUGCACAAACAACGGCGAUAGGAACCAAGGAUGGGGAAAAUAAAUUGCCCAAUAAUGACUCUGGAUCUUACGUCGACCCCAACAUGGUAACAUGGGACGGUCCAGACGAUCCCAGUAAUCCUCAAAACUGGCCAAAUAGCAAGAAAUGGAUCGUCACUAUUGUUAGCGUCAAUUUGGCGCUAUCUGUUUCUUUUGCAUCCGCGGCUCCCACGUCUGCUUUCGCUGAGACAGUCCGCGUAUUCAACAUCAACAGCGAAACGGCCUAUACAAUCGUGACUCUUUUCUUACUGGGAUUGGCAAUUGGGCCAUCAUUCUGGGGACCCGGCAGUGAACUAUACGGACGACGUCCCAUCAUAUUGGGAGCGAUGUUCGCGUACAUCUUAUUCCAUCUCGGACAAGCUCUGGCUCAUAAUAUUGAGUCACUACUAGUCUGCCGGUUCUUCUCUGGCUUCUUUGGCGUAGCACCUCUUGCCGUUGAUGGAGGUAUAAUUGCCGACAUAUGGCCUGCGAUCGGUCGAGGUCCUGCCGCAAGCCUGUUUGCUACCAGCGUCUUCCUUGGACCUGUACUCGGGCCGCUCGUCGGUGGUUUUAUCGCCAGCAGCUCAGUCACAUGGAGGUGGAUAUACUGGGUGAUGAUGAUGUUUGCAGGCGCAUGCACUGUGAUGGCUAUCAUCUUCCUUCCUGAAACUAAUGCGUCGGUGAUCCUACUGAAGAAGGUCAAGCGGCUGAGAAAGGAGGAUCCCGAAAGCAAUGCCCGUUUGUUUGCCGGACAUGAAAUGGAAGACUGGUCGAUCAAAGGAAUAGCACAGCGGACGCUUUGCCGACCGUUCAAGAUGCUUCUACUAGAACCCAUUCUCGUUCUUGUCACAGUCUACAUCUCAGUCGUAUAUGCCGUUCUGUACGCAUUGUUCGAGGCUAUCCCGAUCAUCUUCAUCGAGACUCGUGGCUUCACACUUUGGGAGAACGGACUGAUCUUCAUUGGUGUCGGGAUCGGCACGACACUGGGUGCUAUAAUCAAUAUUCUCUUGCUCCCUGCACUAUCCAGAGUUGGCGCACCGUGUCUUAUAAUUGGCGCAUUUUGGCUGGGAUGGACAGGCCAGUAUGCGAGCAUAAAGUGGUAUGUUCCUGCCAUCAGCACGAUCUUUAUUGGGGCCAGUAUAAGCCUCAUAUUCAUGUCAUUCCUGAGCUACCUGCUGGACGUGUACUUGAUCCAUGCUGCAUCCGCAUUUGCUGCAAACACUAUCAUACGUUCUCUCGUGGCUGCCGCAUUCCCCCUUUUCACCGUCCAGAUGUAUCACAAUCUUGGCAUCAACUGGGCGUCUACGUUGGUUGGUCUAAUUGGCGUGGUGCUAGCGCCCAGCCCAUUCCUCUUUUACAAAUUCGGCAAACAGAUCAGGAGACAUAGCAAGUUCGCACCGUGUAUUGAUCUAGAAAUUGAGAGGCAGCUUGAGAUAGAGGCCGCUCAGGGCGAGAAGGCAGCAUAA